UCUGCCUGGAGACUGAUGACGCGAGGCGACCCCGCGCCGCGAUUGGUGGCGCCUGGCAGGGCUAUAAGAGGCAGCGCGGGAGCGGGGCGGGCCAGACCGUGCGGGCCGCGGAGCGCCGUUAGCAUGGGUGCGGUGCUGAAGGUCCGCGUCCUGCUGCUGCUGGCGCUGCUCGGACUGGGGAACGCGGAUGAGGCGCCAAAAGUGGAGGUGUACUCCCGCAAGCACGUCGCGGACGGCGAGGAGAACGUCCUCAACUGCUUCGUGACGGGGUUCCACCCCCCCCAGAUCUCCAUCACCCUCCUCAAGAACGGGGAGCCCAUGAGCGACGUGAAGUACACGGACAUGUCCUUCAACGACAAGUGGUACUUCCAGCAGCUGGCCUAUGCGCCCUUCACGCCCCAGCGCGGUGACAUCUACUCCUGCAGGGUGGUCCAUUCUGCCCUCCCAGAGCCGCAGACUUACCGAUGGGAUCCAGACUUCUGAGCUGUGUCUGGGAUAAUAAAGAUCUGAAGAGCUUUGCCUUGCAAGUGACAAUGUUCCUGAGCUCCUGUCCUUCCUUCACUUCUCAAUUACAGCUAUGAUGAAGAGCAGCAGUAGCAUCACCUGCAGAACUCCUCCUUUAAUAAAGCUUAUCCACAGCAGUGAGCGAGGUGAGCUGCUUGCUUGAGCACUUAGCCAUGGAUGCCCACCUGAGUAAUCAAGGGAACUUUGUCCUUCCUCAACUCUGAUUUAUAUGGGAGUUUUCUCUGAAUAAAAUGGCAGGUCCUCAGUGGGGUCCUUGUAAAA